AUGGUCUUCGACAUCACGGCUGCAGGCUUUGGCUCCGAAGACAUGGUCCUGCACUGGGGUGUGGGCAAACAGAACGCCGAGGAGUGGGUUGUGCCUGUGGAGAUCCAGGCGCGCACGACCCCAGCAGCCAACCGAGUUCCAGGUGCCUUGCAGACGCCCUUUCCACCACCUGAUGGGCAGAACAUACGAAAAGUGCGGUUGGAGAUCAACACAGAUGCGGGCCUGAAGAAAGGCUGCCAGUUCGUCUUGCACAAGAAGCCAAACGAGUGGUUGAAGAAUGGGUCCAGGAAUUUCUUCCUCGACUUUUCCAAGGUGGCGGAUAGCCGUGGCUUCCGUGAUCUCGUGACAAAAGCGACGAAAGACAAGCCAUCUGCCAAGGUGUCCUGCUACAGCUCAAGCGGAAUUGAAGUGGCAAUACUCGCGUCUGCAGAUGGUGAGUGCUGCGAUGUACAGGCGAUUGUCCGCUCCGGGCGCGACUUGGUGCUCCAGUAUGGCCCAGCAGGGGACGAUCGUCGAUGGACGUCCUCGACCAGGUUAAGCCUGCAAAAGAGUGGUGGAGACAUCUACAAGGGCGAGAUCAAGAUCGAGGCGCAGAACCUCAACAAGUAUCUCAUGUUCGUGCUGCACGACCCCAGUGUCAAUCAGUGGCUGAAGGAUGGUGGCCGAGACUUCGCCUUCGAGCUGCCCAAAGAUAUCUGCAAGCCAGUAAAACCAUCGCAGCCGGCGCCGACACAGGCCUUCGAACCGCAGUCGCGGCUUCAGCGGCGAGCCUCCAAGCUGUUCAGCUGGGCGCUCGGCGUUCCGAGAAUGUCCGAGAAGGUCUCUUUCCCAGUGUGCUUGGCUCUCGAGGCACCUUCGUGGAGGAAGACAGCCGAGCCCGAUGCCAAGAGCACUUCCUGGACUGUGCCUGGAGCUGAUGACAUCGAGGUGGUGGUCUUGGCCACGGCGGCAGAGACCGGGUGUUCCGUACAUCUGCUGGUUUCUGCUCGGACGGCGCUGGUUGUACAGUAUGGAUUGGCCGGACAGGACCGCGCAUGGAAAUUCUCCAAGCGCGUGGAGCUUGUUCGGGCUGGCACAGACAAAUGGGAGGUUUCUUUCGAAGUGCCAGUACAAGACAUGCAGAAGCUCUUGAUGUUUGUCCUCCACGAUGGCGCCGCGAAUCGGUGGAUCAAGCAUGGGCCUCACGACUUCGAGUUCGAGAUGCCACGCCAUGAGGAGUGGGAUCGAGUCCAGCGUGAGGCAGAGGCGAAGAGCGCAGAGGAGGCAAGAAUCGUCAUGGCAGCCAAGAGCAAGUUCAUGGAGGGCCGGCGAGCUCGUGAGUCGAAAGCGGACAUCUCCUUCACUCCUUUCGAGCUUCAAGGAGACUUUGGCUCCUUGGACGUCGCCUGCAUCUCUGAGGGCGACUCCCGCGCAAAGGUCCAGAUCCGGGCCUGGCUUCACCCCCGGCUUGGGGAGUGCAUGUUGCACUUUGGAAUAUUCGAGAAGCCGCAGUCUCGACACUGGACUUCUGCAACUUUCCUGAUUCAGGAGAGGGAGAGCUUAGUUUCUCAGAGAGAGGGCAGUGCUACGAAAGGGAAAGGAGACUUGCUGAGUGAGCUGCAUCAUGAGGCCACCCAGAUUCAAGCCGCGGAGUUUCCAUCGGACUUGCGCAAAGUCGACGAAAAGGCAUGCCAGAUCACUCUCCAAAAAAUGGAGGGGGGCAUCCAUGGCCUGGACUUCGCCGUGACGGCCCACACAGAAAAGGAUGGUAACGAGACCAUUCAUGAGCCAGACAUCGGGGGCCUUGGCUUCGUGCUGAAAACAGUGAACAACAACAUCUGGAUCAAGCCGACAGACGGAAACGACGCCACAGUCCGCUUCUCCUCCAAGGGUCGCUGGAAGGGCUCAUGGGCUCAGGUGGCAGACAAGAUCGUCGAGCAAGAGACGACAUGGACGCACAUGUCCUUGAAAAGGAGAUACGAGAACUGCCUCGAGUUCCUGGACACUUGGGAGAAGGUGUCGCAAGGCAUUCAGAUGCGACGCUUGCAGUCAUGGACAACCCUCGUCCACGUGGACUCGAGCAAGGCCGUGUGGUCCCGCACGCCUUCAAUGCCCUUGAUUGAGAUGUCGAGUGACGAAGAGAACAACGAGGAGUUCUGGAGCUGGAUCUUUGUGUGGCAGCGCCUUUCUUUCCAGCAACUGUUGACCUGGGAGCGAAACACUUGCACGCAACCCAGAAUGCUGGCAGCCACAACGAAUCAGAUCACGCAGCGUCUUGCUGAGCUCUGGAAGUCCACCCCCAGCUGUCGGCUCUGGAUUCGCUGGACGCUUUCCACGAUGGGGCGCGGUGGGUCCGCUGGUCAGCAGAUCCGCGAUGAGAUCCUGGUCAUCAUGCAUGCUCACGGCAUCAAGGAGAUCCACGGAACGUACUACGAGCAGUGGCAUCAGAAGUUGCACAACAACACCACUCCAGCAGACAUUGGAAUUUGUCGUGCCAUCAUCGCUUACCUCAAGAGUGGUGGCGACGUGGGCGUUUACUGGAAGGUCUUAGGGGAGCACAAUAUCACCAAGGAGCACCUGCACUCGUACAGCCGGCCGAUCACGACGGAGCCGUACAUGGUCCACACAGACGUCGGCCGCCUCAUCGGCGACUUCGAGAGGUAUCUUGGCAUUCUGCGAAGUGUGCAUGAUGCCCUGGACUUGCAGCUUGCAGUCGACCAUGCCAAGCACUGCUUGCCCGGCAAUCUGCAAGGUAAAUUGUACGAUCUGUGCAACAUGGGCGGCACUGGCUUCAACAAUUUGGAUGAAGGCCACAACAAGUUCAUGCGCAUUGCGGGUGUGAGGGACGAACUGCUCGCAAUUUUGAAUGGCAAGGGAACGGAUGCUGGAGUGAUCAAGCAGCUCCUGGUGAUCGACUACACACUGGAGACGCAGCAGAGCGUUCUGGUGCAGGGCCUGACAAGCGAGGUUCGACUUCCGCAGCUGGUUGACCAGAUGCGAGCUUUGCUGACGGCGCUCGUCGGCCAUUUGCCCCAGGAGGACGAGCUUCAGGCCCUCCUGGCAGAUUGGAACUCCUUCGCCCAGAACUGUGCCUCUCAGCGCACGGAGGACGGAGCCCUCCUCCUGAAGGCCCUUACCGACCGCAUCAGCCGAGUGGUUGGCGAGCUGUCGGACAAAUGCCAGACAAUGAUGGGCCCGAAGGUCGCAUUUCUCGGUGAAGCCGCGGACAUCCCAAAGAAGAACAUCGACGUCUUCGUGGACGAGGUGCUGCGUGGCACGUCUCUAAUGGCCGUGAGUCUGAUUUUGCAGCGGGUGGAACCAGUGCUGCGGGACAUCGCCCACCUGCCACCUUGGCAGAUGAUCUCGCCUGUGGACAAGCCCAUUCAGGGCGUCUUCAAGCUCAUCGACAAGAUGAUGGGAGUCCAGGGCGAGAUCUUCCACACACCGACCAUUCUUCUGAGCGGGGCCGUGAGCGGCGAGGAGGAGGUCCCAGAUGGAGUUCUCGGAGUCCUGGUGCGGAGUGCGAAGGAGGCACCUGACAUCCUUUCACACUGUGCUGUCCGUGCGAGAAACUUUGGCGUGCUUCUUGCAACGUGCUUCGAUCCGAAGAUUUCGGAGAAGCUCGCUUCCGACUUUGCAGACAAGUGGGUGGAAGUAAGGUGCAAGCCCGACGGCAGCCUGACCAUCGCAGAGGCCGAGAGGCCAACGUCAACGGCGGAGGAGGACACUGCGAAGGCCGAAGCUGAUGCGGCCAAGGUAGCCCAGGCCGAGGUCAAGAUGAAUCUUACCAACGACUUAGGAUGCUCUUGGUGUGUCCGUCCUGAUGAGAUGACCAGGACGAAUGUGGGCUCGAAGAGCCUGAACUUGGCCCUUCUGCGACCGAAGCUACCUCCUGGCAUCCUGACACCGCAGGCGGUCGCGUUGCCUUAUGGCACCAUGCAGAAGUCCCUGACGGACGACUCCAACAAGGAUGUCCUGCCAAUGUUGGAAAAGGUCUUAAAUCGACUGCAGCCAUCUACCUCGAACGACGAGGCGCAAGUUAUCUUCGAGGAAGCUCAGCAGUUGGUGGAGUCCAUGCGCUUCCCCAAGGCGCUGAAGGAAUCGCUCAACGCCGCGAUGAAGGAAGUGGCCGACCGAGAUGGCGAGGAUCGGCUUGCAAAGUUGUUCAAAGAGCGCGAUGCCUGGCAGGCCAUCAAAGGUGUUUGGUCCUCACUGUUUGCGCUGCGACCAUGGGUGUCCUUGGCAAAGGCCGGCCGUAGUUUCCACGACCUGAACAUGGCUGUGCUGGUCCAGGAGUUGGUCGAGGCGAAGUAUGCCUUCGUGCUGCACACCGUGAACCCAUUCACGAAGGACAAAGAGGAGCUGUAUGGAGAGAUCGUGGCCGGAAGAGGUGAGACGUUGGUGGGAAACUUUCCUGGCCGUGCCUUAAGCUUUGCGGUGCGACGCGGGGGUGGCCAGCCGCGGGUUCUAUCAUACCCAAGCAAGAGCGUAGCUCUGCACACCCAGCACUGCUUGAUCUUCCGAUCCGACAGCAACGGCGAGGAUCUCGAAGGCUUUGCAGGGGCCGGACUCUUCGAAUCCGUCUGCGCAGAGGAGGAUAAAGAAGGAUUUCAGCGUCUUCAUCGCUUGGGCAUUGUUGCGGAUGCCAACUACAGAACAGACCUGCUCAAGCGCAUCGCAGAGGUCGGUUGGGCCACCGAGAAGGCUUUUGACGGAGCGCCGCAGGACAUCGAAGGCUGUGUCGAUGUCAGAGAACGCAUCUUUAUUGUACAGAGCCGGCCCCAGGUGUAG